AUUCUUGGUGUUCAAUGCGCAAACGAACCAUAUCAAAUCGCUGAUAAAGUAGCAGAUUACAGCUCAUCUCAAACUGUAUGUGAUGCAUCCCGUUUGUCUUCUUCCCCGUUUCACGUUGCUUCCGGCGUUUAUGAAGAUCUUUUAGAAUGA